AUGGCUACCUUGAAAAAAUAUAAUUCCAAGGAAAAGAUGAAUACUUUAUCACGUGUUGCUAAAUUUAUCGCAUUUUCAUGCUUACUUUAUAUAUUGCAGUGUUCCAAUAAUGGUGCGUAUGAGAAUUCUUGCAAUAAGUGUUGUAGAAAAAAUGAAUUUGACUUAAAAUGUAAGAGAUUAUUAGCCGAAUCAACAAAUGAAGAUGGAUCCGAAAAAAAUGUUUUUAAAGAUCUAUUAAAUGGAUUAUCAGAUUCAUGUGAAAAACAAAUGGGAAACGAAAUAAUACCGAAAAUUGAUGAAUUUACACAAUUAUUAAAGGAUAAUUAUGAAAAAGAAUUAAAACCCAAAAUUGAUGAAUUGACAGGAAAAAUUAAGGAUAAUAUUGACAAGGAAAUAAAACCAAAACUUUGUGAAUUUAAAGAAAAAUUAAGAGAGUUAGAAGAGGGGCUUGAAAAGGAAUUGUGUGAGGUAUGUUAUGAUGAUGAAAAUAAUGAAGAUGUAAGCAAAGAUGAAAAUUCUAAUGAUGAGUUGAAUUUGCCAACCGUUGAUGACGUUGCAGAAGAAGUUUAUGAUAAAUUAUCAGAAUCAGAAUGGGACAUGCAUAGUAAAUAUGAAGAAGUAAAGGAAGAAUUGAUGAACAAAUUAAAGGAUAUUCAAAAGGAAAUAAAACCAAGAAUAGAUGAUAUAACCAAAAAAUAUUUGACUGAACUUGAAGUUCAAGUGAAACCUAAAAUGGAAGAUUUAGCAUCAAAAUUUAAAGACAUACAAGUUGAAUUGAGACCCAAAUUUGAUGAAUUAAAAGAAUGUUUAAGAAAAGAUAUUGAAAAAGAAGUAAAACCAAAAAUGGAUUACUUAAAAGAAAAAAUAAGUACCAUUGAAAAAGAAGUAAUACCUGAAUUGUCUAAAUUCUCAGGUAAAAUGAAAAAUUUGGAAGAAGAAGUAAAACCAAAUAUUGAUUCAUUAAAAGAAAAAUUUAAAAAUUUUGAAGCACAAGUAAAACCAAAAGUAUCAGAAUUUGCUGAUAAACUUAAAGUAGAAAUUGACGAGGAGUUGAAAAAUAAAAUUGACGAUGUAUUUAAAAAAGUGUUAGGGGAAUGUGAAACUGACAUUAAAAGUAGAAUAAGUGAUUUUGGAAAACAAGUUAAAGAUGAAAUUGAAAAUGAAGUGAAACCAGCGGUUAAAGAUUUAAAAGACACUUUAACACAAAAAUUAACUGAAAUGGACGAGGAAAUUACACCAUAUGUGGAAGAUACUUUAAGAGAAAGUUUAGAUAAAAUUUGUGAAUGUAUACCUCAAACCAAAGAUGAUUUAAAUGAAGUUGGUAAACACAUAAAGGAAGGAUUGAAAUCAUGUGCAAAAAGUUUUGAUUCAACAUUAUCCGGUAAAGGUUGGUUACGAGGAUUCAAAAAUCUUUUUUAA